AUGGGCCUCUUCAAGGAUGUUAUUGAACCAGCGACCAUCACUCUUGCCUUUACAGCCGGAACGCUGAUUAAUCGGCGGCGCUUGAAACCUCAUCAACAUCAUCAUCAUCAUCAUCAUCGUCAGCGUGACAUCGAAUCCAUACCCGAAUGCAUAUCCGGCGAGAAGAGGACUGACGUCUCGUCAGUCGAGCGCAGGAAGAACAAGAACAAGGGCUCGGACCUGCUCGUGUUUCGACAGCUGUCGUGGAUCUUUGGCACGUUUCCGUUUUUGAUCGAGAUAUGGUAUUGGCUUUUGACGUACUGGAUAUAUCAACUCAGCCGCGCCUUUACAGCUCGUGCCAUCGCCGGCUAUCCUCACAUCUAUGCCCUCGCCAAGGAACACGCCCUGCAGCUCCUCGCCGUCGAGCGCGUCCUCCACAUUGAUUUCGAACAGUCGUUUCAGGCGCACAUGCUCGCGAACCACGCGUGCGUCAUGCCCGCGCUGCAGUACAUCUACCACUCGCACAUCAUCGUCGGCGUCGUCUUCAUCAUCUAUACUUACACGGUGCUGCCGCCGGCGGUGUUUCGGCGUAUCCGCCGCACCAUUGCCGUGGACAACGCGAUUGCCUUUGCGAUUGUCUCGCUGUGGCGGUGCUACCCGCCGCGGAUGCUGCCGCCGGAGUACGGCUUCGUGGAUGUUUUGCACGACGCCGCGGCGGGGGGCCAGGCGGGCUCGGUGUGGACCAACAACCGGUUCAGGCUGACGAUUGCCGCGAUGCCGAGCCUGCAUUUCGGCACGGCGCUGCUGUUUGGCGUGUGUCUGGCGCGGUUCAGCCCGCAUGCGGUGGUGCGCGUGCUGGCGCCGCUGUGGCCGGCGGCGAUGUUCGUGACGGUGGUAGCGACGGCGAAUCACUUUGUGCUGGAUCUGGUGGUGGGCGCGGUGGUGCCGCUGCUGGGGUGGCGGUGGAAUCGGGGCGUGCUGGUGCUGAAGCCGGUGCAUGAUUGGAUGUGGUCGCCGGUGACUCAUCGGAUGGAUCUGGAGCUGGAUUGUUAUGAGAGUUGA